UCCUUUUGAAAGGAAAUCCCAACCUGAAGAAAAGAGACAAGCACAAAACAUUAUCAAGACUAGACGAAGCGACGCGAGGCCGGGCAAACAAAAUGGCAUCGCCKCAACCGAAACUGGACAACAAGUCUAGUUCCGUAGUAGACAGGAACGACGAGGAGGGUCGCCUAUGGAAGACUUCCUUCCCCGCUGAUGCUGAACCACCCGCUCGGAGUGACCACAGCAUCCGUGGCAUGCCCGGCACCGUUAGCAGCACGAGACUACCUCAGUUUUUUGGCAAAGAAAGGCAGAGCGAAAGAAGCGACGAAGACGGAGGCACUUUAACAACCGAAGAAUUGUCGUCGUGUCCGGUGGCCAAACACGAAAAAGUGGGUGUCAAUGACGACGGCGCUGCCGCGUCUGCGAAAACGAACCACCAUUGUAUUGUUGRAGGAGGCAACCACUUAGAAAGCACCGAUAGCAACACCGGUGAGAUCCCCCCCACGCCAAAGCUCGUUGUCCCGAACGAUGCCAAACGGAUCGAUGAGAUUGAUCCAAAUGCCACCGCCGGGCUCGAUGGUGGGUUUGGCAGUCUGCACAGCGAUGAUAACGAGACGCAACAUCUUGCCGCCAUGCCUUCAACACCAGGAGGGAAGAAACACGGAAGGCUGUCAAUUCGGAUGGGCGACGCCACCGAGAACYACGCCGCAGAAAAUCGGGACUCCGUCACCGAUCUYAGUCUUAGCGGGAGGUCAUUCACUUCUCACAACAGCUGUAUCUCCCACCACGAUAGCAUCAACAGCGGUCUCUCCGUUCGAUCGCACGAGGAGAGCGGCGUUGCCAUUCCGAUGGGUGCUGUAACAGGUACCACAAGAACGGAUCUCGUGGUMAAUUCCUCSGGGGAUACUAGUACGAACGAUGUGAUUGGAUUUUCCCUCCCGUUUUCCUCGGUUACAGCAGCAUCCACACGAGCAGAGUUACCUGGACGGAAACCCCACACGUUGCGGGAUCUGAUGUUCGACAGCGAUAUAUUUGGUGCACGUCGGGACCACCAGAAACAUAAUGCUAAACGUAACAACAGCAGCAGCCGCCAUAGCUUAGCAAUAGAUGACAUCUUCGGCGCAUCGGAACACGAUUUAGAGGAGCCAGCCACCAAUGAGUUAUCCGAAAACAAUUCAUUUGCCGACGACCUAUUCACAACUGGGAUCCAAUAUUUCGGGACACGAAAACCGGAGCAUGCCGAGACCAAUGACAACCGACACAAAACGAUUCGGUUCGUUGAGGGCCAUGAUUCUGGCCAGGACUUGAUAUUACGUGACGAUYCCGGAGUUAAAGCAAAAAAUAAGGAGCGAGUCUUGGACAUAUUUGACCAAUUGGAUGGCGAAUCAUACAAUAUGGAUAAGCGAUAUUACACCGGAAGCGAUGGGUACUAUCAGAGCUGGCAAGGUGGAAUAAUGUACGACGACGGCGAGAAAGAAAACGGCGGCUACUUUUCCGACGAGGACGUCGAGGACGACGAGGACGACGCGGAAAAAAAAAUCGUCAGGAGUAUGCUCUACACGGGGGCGUCCAUUGCGCUCGUUGGGUUGUUUGGAGGCAUGACCCAGCUCUUCCGCAAAUCGUCAGACGACCAAGUCGGUGUCGCCGAUGUAGGGGUUGAAGAUGCUGGAAACGAGGCUAUCGAAACGGGCAUUGAUUCCCUCAUCAAUGCCCAGCGAUCGGCGAAUGCGGCCUCGUUAAACACGUCGAGCGCUUCAACAAGCGCGUCAACAAGCGCAUCAACAAGUGCAUCAACAAGUGCAUCAACGAGCGUAACGUCGACGUCGUCGUCUGUCGCCAUGCCCGGUUCCUCCAACAUGUUGGUAACUUCGGCUUCAAGCAGCAGCACCUCGGCCACGACGGCGGCGAAUACUACGAUGGUAGCUCAGACGGCAUCGCUUAACUCCGCGACGAGUGCGGCGUCCAUGACCAGUGCGAACACCGCUGCGCUCGGUGCCAAUGCCUCUGCUGCGAGUGCAAGUACGAGUGCUGCAAGUGCGGCGAGUGCAAGUACGAGUGCUGCAAGUGCGGCGAGUGCAAGUACGACUGCUGCAAGUGCGGCGAGUGCAAGUGCGGCGAGUGCAAGUACGACUGCUGCAAGUGCGGCGAGUGCAAGUACGACUACUGCAAGUGCAAGUAUGAGUGCUGCAAGUGCUGCCAGCGCGAGUGCCAGCGCCAGUGCUGCGAGUGCAAGUAUGAGUGCUGCAAGUGUUGCGAGCGCGAGUGCCAGCGCCAGUGCUGCGAGUGCAAGUAUGAGUGCUGCAAGUGUUGCGAGCGCGAGUGCCAGCGCCAGUGCUGCGAGUGCGAGUGCGAUGAGUGCCAGUGCUGCGAGUGCGAGUGCGAUUAGUGCCAGUGCUGUGAGUGCGAGUGCCAGUGCUGUGAGUGCGAGUGCUGCUGCAAGUGCAAUGGGUGCAAGUGCAUUGGGUGCRAGUACUGUGGGUGUUGGAGCAUCUUCAGCGGCUGCCGCAUCAGCAUUGGCAGUCCAGUAAGUUUCAAUCAAACCARUUUGUCGAAUCCAUUUCUUCUCAUGCAAUARUUGCCUUUGUGUUACAACCAAAUAAGAUUUUCUCACCUGAAUUGAUGCAUUUUGAACCAUAAAUCCAAUUAUCUAAUCAUACUUGUGUUCAGAGCGACGGCAGCUUCGUGAGUUAGAGAAAUCAAGAAAUGAUUCCAAAGAGGCUUUCGUUCUUUCCUUCCCAAGCUCAAAUCCUUCUAUAUUCUUGUUUUCGUUUCUACUCUCUCCCUUACGUCAAYCACAUUUCAUUUCAGUAUGGCCAUUGGUGCUGCUGGAACGGCAACCGCCUCAAUGGGCUUGGCUGCUGGAGCCACGGCAGGAGCGAUAGGUGCUGCAACGGCUGCUACGGCAGCAGCGGCAACCAUAAGCACCACUGCCACAGUUGCAGUAAGUGCAUGAAUCGAUACAUUUAAUUUUGUUGCKAUAUGUCUUAUUUGGUGAUUGCUGUAUUAGUUUCAAUCUAAAUUUUUCGCUCACAAUCCAGGCGCUGCCCGUUGUUUGGUUCCAAUUACAAUUUCAACCGUAGAUGGCCGCAGUUGCUGCUACAGGUGUUGUAAGUGACUUGACGAAACAUUGGUCGGCGUUWUAAGCUACGCAUCUGUCURUUUUUACCAAUAUUGCUGACUUUACAUCGAUGUGUUGAUAUUUCAAAAUUAGGUUGCAGUAGCUACGACAGAACUCAUUCCAGAAUCGAAACCGUCAGCACUGCUUCCCCCUUGCGCUGAAAUUCCCGUAGAAAUGGAGGCUCGGUUGAAAAUAAUAUUCAAUGCAGACU